AUGAGAGGUAACCGCAAAGCACCAGAAAGUGGCCCACAACAGGCCGAUAACACUGUUCAAGAUCUUGGUUACAGCGAAGACUGUCCCUUCUGCAACAUCUCCUUAGCUUAUCCUUCGGUCAGCCCCUUGAAUGAUCCCCAGAGGAUAGCACGGAUACUGCAUCAUGAAAAAACGAGCCCACCAUGUGUGGUCAUCUAUUCUGGUGAACAUGUCAUGGCUUUUUUGGACAUUCAACCCCUGACCUGGGGCCAUACGCUGGUCAUACCGAGGAGACAUAGAGUCAAGAUGGGAGAUCUGGAGGCGGUAGAUGCUGCUGAGCUAGGCCGGCAUCUACCUCUUAUAGCUCGUGCAGUGAUGCGUGCGGUCUUUGACAUUCAGUACAACCCAGAAAAGCUACAAGUCGAAGGGGCGGAUUACAACAUAGUCCAGAAUAAUGGCCCCCUUGCCGCCCAAGUAGUGCCUCACAUCCACCACCACAUCAUCCCACGACCAUCCGAUCCAAUCCCUCGCUUUCACCAGAACGGCAACCCUGCCCCAAGCCAGCUUCCCAAGAUGACAUCCAAAUACCACACCUCCUGGACCAUGUUCGGCCGUGGCUAUCGCACCGAUCUCGACGAGAACGACCCAGAAACCCAGCAGCUAGCCCAGCGGAUGCGUUACGAGAUCGCACGUGAAUUCUCCCGAGGCGAAAUUGACAGCAGUUAUGGCACCUCACUCUUCAAGCAUCCAAAUACCACAGGCGCCCAAGCCCCGCACCUAGAAGCCACCCCAUAUGUCGAUUCGGCUUCUCCUGACAGCACACUCAUCAACACCAGGAAUCCUGACCACAAAUCCACUACCACCGACAAAGACCUCCACUUAGGCCCACACUCCGAACCAUCAAAACCCAGCGGCAGCGAAAAACCCACCCCCAAGGGAGACUCCCCACUCCAGCCCGAGCAAGCCCUCCACCGCAUCCACCGAAUUUCAAAUCAGAGCACAGAGCCAUCACAAGAAGGAGACAAGACAGCAGGUUCAGGCCCCGGCUUCCAAGGAGCAAACGUGAUCCCGGUCGCGAUAACGCAGAGAGCAGCGGAGGAAGAUUCACAUCCUCCGAGAUCUGGAGAGAAGAACGGGAAGGAGAAGUUGUGA